AUGAGCAAAAAGUUGUCAGCCGUCGAUCCACCGACCAAGAAGAUCAGCGUGGUCAGCAUUGCCAACAGUGACACACCACCACGAAAGAAGAGCAGUCUUAAAGAGAACAUAUCCAAUCUGAUAAAAGCUCCAAAUUUCGUAUUGAAAAGAGAAGCGGCCAAGAAACAAUGGAAUCACGUUUGUGAGAAUCUACGUCUGAGUCGUAUCAAAAUCGCCGUCACGGAGUCGAAGCUGUUUUCACCAGGUCAGUUGGAAGGUUCCGUAAUGUCUUCCCCCAGUUCAGUAGGGAAUAGAUUCGAUAGGGAAGAAGACGUCAGCCAAAGAUGA